ACGCGAAUACAAACUACAGAGGGGAUCAUUAUGCCAUUUACCCCCCUCCCCCCAGUCUGUAUUAUAUCUCUUUUGCAGCAGCGUGCUUUAUCUUAUUAUGCAUAUUUUUUCCCAUGCAAAUACGGGAAGUCGUAAACAUGUGUGAAACACGUGCGGGGCAUCGCCCCGAUGAGAAAUCGAGCGCCAUUGCUUAGCAACUGUGAGCGAGGACCAGGUGGCCACCAUGAUGACUACAAACGCGCGGGCUUCUGGCUGCGAUUUGUGAAGAGAGAGCCGCCGCCGCUUUUCCUCGAGCCUGACUAGCUAAUUCUCGAAUUAAUGAUCUAGUUUCUGACUCAUGGGCGGGUCCGUUUCGCCCGCAGGACGGAUUACUCAUGCAUGGCAACGCGGGGCGGAAGGGUGGCACGUAGAUACGGUUCGACGAGACGCGAGACGCCGCCGUAAGACGCGUGCGCUUUGCGGAUAGUCGCGAUCGGCGAGAGUGUGUUCGUCGACGAGCACAACGGGCGGGAUCGCCGGCUGCUGCGGCGCUCGGGCGUGGUUUUUCACGUCGUCGCGGUACGCGCCGUUGCCCGGCCAGGAGGGGAGAGACAGAAGGUGCACCUGGAGCGGCUGGAGCUCGGGGGGCGCCUUUCCCCCCAUUUCCCCCCGCAACAGCCAGUCAGCCUGAGUCAGGCAGCGACUAUCGACGGGACUAGAGGUAUGCGCGGUGUCGCGCGUUGCCGGUCGCCGAUUGUCCUGUAGUCGCCGUGGGAUCUGACAAAGCCUUAAAAUCGGCGUGUCCGGCGAUCAACGGGCACCGCAAAUUAAAUGGCACGUCCCGCCGCGGUGACAUCACCGUACGAGCAUCACGGGGUCCUGGUGAGAUCAUCGUCGAAGGCGUCGUCGUCGUCGUCGUCGAGCCGCAUUGUGAGCGACGCUUUAUUACGUAAUAUUGUUGUGGGCACUGGGCAAUGACAUGCGUGCGGGGCGGAGGCUGCCGGGGCGUUUAACGAGGCGCGGAAUCCAAUUGGCGGGCGAUAAAUAUUCUCUGCACUACGGCGGAUCGGCGACCGGCCGUUUACCUCGCACGACUGAAAAGAAUAUCGUGCGAAUAAUGAAUAUCUAAAAGAUAUGCGGGGAAAUAUGAGAAACGUCGUCGCGUCGAGAAAUGGGGUCAACGCAUUUCUCAUGUUAAAGCCCACUUGAGACGAUCUAUAAUCCCUGACGGUUUUCAAGAUAAUUUCUCCUUUGACGUGCGUAUAUGCAUAUAGUUCAAUAUAUAUACGCGUAUGUACUCCGAUUCUUUUAAAGUUAUAAAUAGAAUUCCAUCCUGUAUUCUAAGACGAGUUACAUAUCAUCUGGUUUUAGUGGGCUUUAAAUAGAGAUGCACGGUAUAGAGAAUGCUAUGGAUCCUUUAAAGAAGGUCGAAAACUGAUAAAAUGUAAAUUUAAGUUACUGAUUUUGUUCUCGAUGAUGUUCGUGGGACUAUAAUCUCAACGAAGAUGUCUCAGACAGCUAGCAAGAUUUCUCUUCGGGAACAUAAGAUGAGAAAUUGAACUGUCACAGCGCAGGGAUCGGUGCCAUGCAGGUCCGUCUAGAUGGGAAGCUGGCGUUGCUGUACACUCUAUUGGUCUUGCAAGUUCUGAUUGUUAUGAUCUAUGUCGCCACAACUCCGCCGGCCGAGCUAGCUGCGUCAACGACUCGCGCAUCCGUCAGUUUCGUCAAGUUUGAAGCAUCACAGGAACUACACGUAAACCAGGGCAAUCGUAAAAAGUCACCAAUUUACCAGACAAUCAAUGGAGAGGUAGCGUUAAAGGAUGUCAAGACAUUUAGACUGUUCGAAGUAUACAAUCGUACCGUAUGCUGGAAAUAUGGAGUGGACCAGCGUAAGACCAAGAGCAAUGAGCAUUUGGAAAGAUGUAUCUGCAAUCAAGGAUGGCACGGCUUGGAUUGCGGACAACCGGAAGUCGUAUGGAGGGCAAUCAUGGCAUCGAAACAGAACGUUAGCCUAAAACGUCGCAAGACCACCAGACACAUUAUUCACAUCUUUUUUCUAAGCGACUACAACUCGGCGAUCGCCGAGGUGAUAGUGGAGGAACUCUAUAACGUGGUGGACCUUUUUGUAAUAUGUGAUUUCAACAACGCGGAGGAUAAUUUCCGGCACAAACUGUCCAAGGGACUGUUGCAGCGGGAGCAAAAGAAGAUUCUAUACAUCAACGUGGCAACCAAGUCCCGCAAACCAUCCAGGAUAGUAUCAAAAUACGUUUGGGAUAAAAUCAGGACCGUGGUGCAGAAUUUAAGGGACGACGAUAUCUACGUGACGACGGAGCCGGAACAGAUAUUAAACUCCAGGGCAUUAAUGUUCCUCAAGGUGUACGACGGUUGGCCUCAGCCCAUCGGAUUUAGAUUAAGAUGGUCGAUAUACGGCUUCUUCUGGCAGCAUCCGCUCAAGACAACGAUCACGCUCGGCGCGUACACCGUCGGUUUAAUGCGCAACGCCUAUCAAUCCAACUCGCUUGUAUUGCGGCAACAGUUGGAUGGAGACACCAGCGAGAGAGAUAUUUUAGGAUUAGUCAUAGGAGAUUUGAACCACUACGGCGGGUGGUACUGCAAUCUGUGCCAGGCGCCCGCGAAUAUUAUUAUCGGUCUUCGCAAUAAAGUUCAGUCUAAGGAGAUUUAUAUCGAGAAGACUAUCGACGUGCCCUUCGUCGAGGACCUAAUAGGUAGCGGACUGUGGUUGGACGGCAAAACUGGUCUUCUGAGAGUCUCUAAGUCCAGGGAUUCCUAUUUCGCGCCAGAAACGAUUCUCAAUAACACGUGGAAGUACGACUGGCUGGUAGACAAUUUUUACGCUAAACUAGAUUACUACUGACGUACUGGUCGCACCCGACUGUGAUAUUAACUCAUACUCAAUACUCAAUGUACACUAAUGUAAUAUUAUACUGAAUUUAUACACUAAAAUAUUACGUUGACGAAAUAUAAAUGUUAAAUGGUUUAUACAUAUAAA